AACACUGUUGUCACAGCACUGGACUAUAAUUCAUGUUAGUGUUGAGAAAAUUUUAGGCUGGUUUUUUUUAGCAGCAUACCUUGUAAAAUUGUUGGUGGUGACCAACUACAUUUUUGAGAUUCAGGAGUCCCAUUGUUGGAUUUUCUACCUGCUGCUUGGUUUGAUGUUCUGCUGCCAUACCAUGAGGACAUGGAUGAUUAGUUCACUGAUUGUCUGUGUUUUCUUGCCGCACAUCAGGGGACUACAGCAAGAGGACACUCAAGCUGGUUGUAGCACAACUCCAAAUGACCUUGCAUACAUCAUCGAUGGCUCCUCAAGCUUGGGAGUCCCCAACUUUGAAACAGCCAAGCGCUGGCUCAUCAACAUCACCAAUGGGUUUGACGUGAGCACCAGACACACUCAGGUGGCGGUCGUCCAGUACAGCGACACACCUCGACUGGAGAUUCCCCUGGGAAAGCACCAGAAUAAUCAAGAACUGGUUAAGGCCAUCGCCUCCAUCCCAUACCUGGGGGGCAACACGCGGACUGGCCGCGCCAUCAAGUUUGCCACAGACCAUGUCUUUGGAAUGCCUAACUGCACCUCCCAGUCUGCCAGGAACCGUAUUGCUGUGGUUCUCACAGAUGGGCGUUCACAAGAUGAUGUUGAGGAUGCUGCCAUGGAGGCCAUGGCACAGAAUAUUGUUUUGUUUGCAGUUGGUGUAGGAAAUGAAAUCACCAACACUGAGUUAGUGUCCAUGGCUAACAAGCCACCAUCUACUUAUGUGCUUCACGUGGAAGACUACAACUCCAUUGAAUCCAUUUGGAACCUGAUGGAGCAGAAACUGUGCGAGGAGUCGGUGUGUCCGAAGCGGAUCUCUGGGACAGUGAACGAUCAAAAGGGAUUUGAUCUAAUCAGCAUGAUGAGAAUAGAGGAGGUGGCUCAGAAGGUUCAGGGUUCUUUGAUAUCAGAGAGAGCAUCACUGCUCAGCCCUCGUCUGGACAUCACUCACAAUACCAGCAAGAUAUUUCCAGAAGGCCUUCCUUCAGCCUAUGUGUUUGUGGCCACACUGCGCUUAAAGAACCCAGCUCACCGGAUGAAGUUUGACCUUUUGAGGGUGUUGUCUCAGGACGGGGUCAAACAGGUUGUCGUGACCAUUAAUGGAGCAGACAAAUCCGUCACCUUCACCUGCACCAGCACCCUGAAGAAAGAGCAGGCAGUCAUAUUUAAUGACAGAGGAAUCAAGAGGCUCUUUGACACUGACUGGCACCAAUUGAAGUUCCUGGUGAAACCCAAACGCAUCACUUGUUUCGUAGACGGUGCGUAUGUGGAGGAGCAGCUCUUAGAUCCAGUGGUUCCCAUUUACAUAAACGGAAAGAUCCAGGUGGCCAAGAAAGUCAAUAUACAGACAACAGUCCCUAUUGUGCUGCAGAAGUUGCGACUUUACUGUGACCCUCUACAGAGUGAACGAGAAACAGCAUGCGAAAUUUACUCUGUGUGUCCUGUGGAGCGCUCUCCUGCUGUAGAUGGUUGUGAUUGUCCAAGUGGUAAACCAGGCCUACCUGGCCUACCAGGGCCGAUGGGCUUCCGAGGGGAGAAAGGCAGAGAGGGACCACCUGGCCCUGAUGGGAAACCUGGGAAGCCAGGGGAGAAGGGAGCACCUGGAGAGCCCGGUCAAAAUGGGCAGAAAGGCGAAGUAGGUGAGCAAGGACAAAAAGGGGAACGGGGACUGGACGGACCCAAAGGAGAAAUGGGUCCACCAGGACCACCGGGGUCAUCAGUACCCAUAGGCUCUGGAUUUUCCAAAUUGGAAUUAGAUGAAACUGAAAUGCAAGGAACCAAGGGAAUCCCAGGAGAACGAGGAGAAAUGGGACCACCCGGAAAACCUGGGCCGAUUGGUGAACGUGGGCUACCUGGUCUACCUGGGCUUGCUGGUCCAAAGGGAGAGAAAGGGGAUAAUGGUGUGGCUGGAUCGGAUGGAGAACCAGGAAUUCCUGGUAUACGGGGGCUUCCUGGGGAGAUAGGGCCUCCUGGACCUCAAGGCGAGCGAGGCGUGGUAGGACCAGUUGGUUUUACCGGACCAAUGGGACAGCAGGGUCCGCCAGGUCCAGAUGGCCUACCUGGCAUAAAAGGCCCUCCUGGUCCAAAGGGAAAUUCUGGGGCCUGUGGACAGGAUGGGCUCCCUGGAUCACCUGGUGUUAAAGGUUCAGAAGGAGAGCCUGGUAUUCAAGGUCCACCUGGCAUUAAAGGCCUUCCGGGGUUUAAAGGUCAUAAGGGUGACUCAGGAUCAUCUGGACCAAAAGGAAGUCAGGGUGAGAAAGGCAACCAGGGAGAACCUGGAGUUUCUGGAAAACCUGGUGAAAUAGGCCACAAAGGAAACAAAGGAGAGUCAGGUGUAGCAGGGGAUCCUGGGAUCAGAGGGGCUGAUGGGAAAAAGGGAGACAUGGGUCCAUCAGGGCCGCCUGGAUCUCGAGGCUUUCCGGGUCUAGAUGGGCUACCAGGACAACCAGGAAUUCCAGGCUAUCCAGGGAAACCUGGAAAGCCACCUUCUGAGGAACAUCUUAUGAAAAUUUGUGCCUCUGUGUUGCAAAACCAACUACCACAGCUCCUGCAGGUGAUGGGCCAUAGAAGUUGCGAACACUGUGAAACCAAAAAAGGGCAACCAGGUGAUCCAGGCCCCCCUGGUCCAACAGGCCCAUCUGGACCUCCAGGGUACCCUGGCAGGGCAGGAGCUCCUGGCUAUCCGGGAACACCUGGGAGGAGGGGACCAGAAGGGGUUAAAGGUGAUAUUGGCCCAAUGGGUAUGAAAGGUGCCAAAGGACAGGGUGACAUUGGGUUGCCAGGUCCACCUGGUCCAGCAGGUUUACAGGGCCCACGUGGGGAUGAUGGUGAGGGGUAUCCUGGGCCUUCUGGUCCCCCAGGGAAACCUGGCCCUCCAGGUAUCCCAGGAAAACGUGGGCCCCCAGGAUCCAUGGGUUUAUGUGACCCGUCUUCUUGUUAUCAAGCCUACAAUUUUCGGGAUGACCCUUUUAGGAAAGGACCAAACUUUUAGCAUCAGGACAGUGGGAUCUUACUGAUUCUGUACAGUGUUCUCUGCAAGUUCAAAUGAACAGCAAACAUUUCUGGUGCUCAGCAUUGACCUCAGGAACUCUUAACCUCUAAAGAAAGUUGUCAGGAUCUUGACUUUUAAUUUGUGAUGUGUUUUUGUCUGAGAAUAUUGUUUUGUUUUGUUUUUUGUGUUGAAAUUCCUUAUUUGAGUGAAUCCUUGUGUGUUACCCAUUUCUGUUAUUUUUUAUUUUUUUUGACUUAGAUGAUUUUUUUAUUUUUACACUUAAGAUCUCAACAUCAUGUCCUAUCUGUUCUUUCCAUACAGUGGGGAAAGUGAAUGGAUACUGGUGCUGUCAAGCUCCAAACAUUACUAAAAAGCUCCUAAAAGUAUCAUAAAAUUUGUCCAUAGAACUAAUUUGGUAUUUUCAAAGCCUUCAGAAGCCAUAAGAUAGCUUUGUGUAAGGAAUAGACCAAACUUUAAAUCAUUUUUUGAUAAACUCCUCCAUAAUUCCCCCUAGAUUUGCCUCAAUUCCCCCCAGAAACUUCUGAUGGGCCUGCCCUGGAUGAACACCCCCCCCCCCCCAACACACACAAACAAAAAACAUACAAUUGGCCUACUAAAUUUUCCCCACACUCAUUUUCAAUUAAAAUUUUUGAAAGAAAGAUAGCUUUAAAGAAUAAUUUUAAUACUGUAUCCACUGCACUGCCCAAGCCAAGCUACCUCUCUACAGGAUGUGAAGCAAAUGCUAUUGGCUAUACUACGACACCAGAAGGCUUAUGUUCAAAUCUGAGAAUACUUCUGCUCAGGGGCUAUUCUCAAUCUGAGUUUUGUUUUAUACCAACAUUCAAAAUACAUUUUUUGAAUACUAAUACAAUAUUUUUAAUUAUUUUUACUUUUAAUUGUUUCAGCAUUUGGUGUCUUGUAGAAUUUUGCAGCACUAUUAAUAGGGUUAUAGUUUUGGCAUGCAUGUUUUUGACUUGAUAGAUUUGUGAAAAGGAUUAAAAACCUCUAUUUAUUGCCUAAUAAUUUUUUUGUGUGUUCUUUUUAAAUGCUCAAAGAACUUAUGCCUUUACAUGUUCUUUAGGAAAUACUGAA